CCUGUUGUGCUGUAACGCAGCGCAGAUGUACAGACGCCGCCCCAGACCCAUCACAGCAAGAAGCAGCACAACUUUCCCAAUCAAAGCAGUUGAGAAUCCAUGUAAAGCCAUCCCGCUGGAUUUCGUCUUUGUGAUUGACAGCUCCAGAAGCAUCCGUCCUAAUGACUAUGAGAAAGUGAAGACCUUCAUCAUCAACCUGCUUCAGUUCCUCGAAAUUGGCCAUAAUGCAACACGGGUCGGUCUGCUGCAGUAUGGCAGCGUGGUCCAGCCUGAGUUCUCCCUCAGCACCUACACCACCAAGAGCGAGGUAGAGCAGGCAGUGAGGAAUAUGGAGCACCUCGCCACGGGGACCAUGACGGGUCUGGCCAUCCAGUACACCAUGGAGACAGCCUUCACCGAGGAACAUGGAGCCCGACCAAUGAACCUACACAUCCCACGAAUUGCUAUGAUUGUGACUGAUGGAAGACCUCAGGACACAGUAGAGGAGAUUGCAGCUCAGGCAAGACAGGCUGGCAUGCAGAUUUUUGCUAUUGGAGUAGGCAGGGUGGAUAUGAACACACUGAGGGCCAUAGGGAGUGAGCCGCACUCGGAGCAUGUGCAUCUGGUGGCCAACUUUAGCCAGAUAGAAACCCUGAUCUCUGUGUUCCAGUCCAAACUGUGUUCAGACAUGUGUGAGGUGGUGGACCAUCAGUGUCAGCAUAUCUGUGUGAGUAGCCCUGCCUCAUACAGGUGCAAGUGCAGGGAAGGAUACAUCCUAAACCCUGAUGGCAAGACGUGUACAGCAGAACCUGAGUGCAGCGAAGGAGUCAUGGAUCUUGUGUUUGUGAUUGAUGGCUCCAAGAGUCUGGGCCCCAACAACUUUGAGUUGGUCAAGCAGUUUGUAAACAGCAUUGUGGACUCGCUGGACAUUUCCAAGACGGGCACUCAUGUGGGUCUUCUUCAGUACUCCACAAAGGUGCGCACAGAGUUCACCUUGGGCCAGUACUCCACAGCACAACACAUCAAGAGUGCCGUGAACAGGAUGCAAUACAUGGGAAGGGGCUCCAUGACUGGCUCAGCCCUGCGCCACAUGUUUGAGUCUAGUUUUUCAACCAAAGAAGGUGCCAGGUUCAACAUUCCCCGUGUCAGCAUCGUGUUCACUGAUGGAAGAUCACAAGAUGAUGUUUCUGAAUGGGCCACUAAAGCAAAGAAUUCCGGGAUCACGAUAUACGCUUUGGGAGUUGGCAAAGCCAUCGAACAGGAGCUGAGAGAAACUGCGUCAGAGCCAGAUGAGAAGCACUUGUACUACGCUGAGGAUUUUGAAAAAAUGGCAGAAAUUACAAAGAAACUCAAGUCCAGAAUAUGUGCAGAUAAACCAUCUGAUGAAAACAUGUGCCAGUGUGAAAACAUGAUAAUGUUUCAAAACCAAGUCACAGAGAAGCUGAAGAGCCUGGUUCAGAAUAUUGCAGCCAUGUCAAAGAGGCUGGAGACUCUUGAGAAUCAACUUGUGCAUAAAUGAAAGGUCGAGACUCAUCAGUCUACUCUGCGGCAUCUCCAGGAUCCCUUUAAUCCUGCUCAACAAGCUACGAUGGAACAUAUGCAAAUGCAGCUCUUCCUACUGAAGAUAUUUAUAAGCUCUUCUAAAAAUACAGUGUAUUACUUCUGAAGUAUUG